AAAUUUAAACAAAAAAAAAUUAAAAAAAUAUAAAUAAAAAAAAUUAUUUACUUGCAACACGCUCACAGCUAUGAGCCACCUCUAACCAACAGCGCAAGCAACAAGUACAUACAUAAAUAAGCACGAGUGUAUGUGUAUGAAGAUUAAUGUGUAGAGCUUGAACGAAUUUUUGGACACAUUUGGAGCUAAUUUCUGCAAGAAAUUACUAAAAGACAGUAAAAACAACUCAAUAGCCAACACACGUUUCAAUCAAUCAAUUAAACAACCAACCAACCCACCUAAAAGCCCACUUAACAACAACAAGAAAACCCAAAAAGAAUCGCACAUCCAGCAGGAACUCGCAGUAAAAAUCAAAAACCUAAUACUUUUUUCCACAAAAAAGCACAACAAUAAAAAUCAAAAUGUGGCCGUCUCACUGUCAACGGCUCAUUCUACUGCUCGCCAUCACGCUCACCUGCUUUGCCUGCCUCAUUGCGCCCGUCGCGUCACGUUCACGCGACAAGGAGGGUCGCCGACGCAGCGAUCGUCUCUCAGCCGCCUCAUCCACCUCCGCCUCGUCCACCUACUAUGCGAGCAACGGCAUGAAUAGCAAUUACGCGUCUGCCACCAGCUCGUAUACAGGUCCCAUGGACACGACCGGUUUUUGUGUGCGUCGUCGCGAUAUGAAACUGAUGUGCUAUUGCACGCCCGAUGAGAAUCAUGUGCCCGUACUGAAAGCGGAAUGCUGGGUCUUCUCCGAUGUACUACCACAAAACGACACCACCUGGACGCGUUUCUUUCAACAAAAACGUUUACGUGAAUUAAAAUUUGUUAUACAAAAUCACGGUCGUCUCGAUUAUAUACCAACGUUGGUGUUUGAGGCUUUGAAUAAUUUGACAAGCAUUAUUAUUGAGUACUCACAGGUGGAUGUGGUGAAGAGUAAUGCGUUUGCUAACUUGCCGUAUUUGGAACGUAUCAUCUUGACGAAUAAUCACAUUGCGGCUUUGGCUCAGGAUGCUUUCGCCAAUCAUGUACGUUUGCGUGAAUUGAAUUUGGAACAUAAUCAGAUUUUCGAAAUUGAUCGUCAUGCUUUCCACAAUUUACCGCAGUGUGAGCGAUUGUUUUUGAACAACAACAAUAUUUCGAAUUUACACGACAGCCUCUUUGUGGAGAUGCCACAUUUGGUUUAUUUGAAUUUGGCACACAAUCAAAUCUCCGUGCUGACCAGCGACAUCUUCAAGGGUUUGGGCAAUUUGAAUGUACUGAAGUUGUCACACAAUAACAUCAACUUUAUUGGCGAUACUGUGUUUGCGGAAUUGUGGAUAUUGUCGGAGUUGGAGUUGGACGACAAUAAAAUUGAGCGCAUAUCGGAACGUGCACUCGACGGUUUGAAUACAUUAAAAACGCUGAAUCUACGUAAUAAUAAGCUAAAGAAACUCGACAAUGGACUACUACGUGGCACACCCGCACUGCUCAACAUCAAUGUGCAAAGCAACGAAUUGGAAACCCUGACAUUUUAUACAUUCCAACCAAUUAUGGAUAAUUUGGUCAACAGUACAAGUGAACUGCUGCUGUCAGACAAUAACUUCAUUUGCGAUUGCCGGCUACAAUGGAUAUUUGAAUUGAAGAAUCGCACAAGACAUAUAGCGUUACGUGAAGCACUCGAGGGUUUCGUAUGCACUCUACAUGAUCCGAAGAUUUUGAACUUCAUUGAACCCGUCCCAAAUCAUAUUUUGGACUUACUGAAUAUCGGUUCGAGUUAUAAUGGCAUGAAUAGCGCUGAAUUCCAUCUCAGUGGCAACAACAAUAGUGGACGCAAGCGUUUCUCCAAAGCACGACAAAAUGGCGGCGCACAGCGUGGCAUUAACGGCAGUAGCCAACGUUUGGGUCAAGCACAGCUAACUGCAGAAGAUGUUGAUGUGAUCGACGCCGCCGCCGUCGCAUUGACACCCGAACACAGUGAACAUGUACUCUCACUCAGCAAACGUGAGGCAGCAGUUGAGGGCGAACACAGCGUGGCUGCCAGCAGCCAACCGGAGGUUUUCAAUAAUGCUUUCUUAGCCGCUUCGGGCAUACCCGAUAUUGCGACAGCACAAAUUGUCGGCGAGAAGAAAAAGAAGUCGGUAAUGCCCGCAAAGCUGAGAGAUGAUUAUUACGAUGAAACGGCCGGCAUGAUUGGUGGCGGUGAUGCAGCGCCGCAUGGUCUACUACUCGCACAACAAGUCGAACUCGGUGACGGUUUGGAUGCACUCAAACAGAACGCUUUGUACAAUCAACAAACUAACGAUGUGCUCGGCAUGACACACAACACAAUCACCGAACAUGCUGCGAACAAACCAAAACCACUCGGCAUUAAAGUACGUCUCUUCACACUCAAACCGGAGCGUCUGCCGUGUCACGAUGAGUUGAGCGAUCCAACUGAGUUGCCAUUGUCACGCGAUCUCAUGGAUGUGCGCAGUAAUCAGGCGCAAAGCAAUAUGUCAUCGGGCGGCUAUGGACUGACAAUGGCCACAACAACACUGGCGGGCGUGGCGGCGAUAAUGCUGCGCUUCAGUAGCAGAAGGCGCAUCGGUUAAGGGCAGCGGCAGAGGGUGCGGGUGCAAUGCGUAACGGAUAUACUACUCAAAUAUGGGUGUGCUUGCGUAUAAUGCAGAGAUACUACAGACGUAAAUGUAAAUGUGUAUUUUUGUGGAAUACUGCUGGUAAGGAUUAAGCAGUGGUAUUGAGAAUAUAUAAUGAAAAAAUUAAAAAUAUAAAAAUAAAAAUUUAAAACCU